UUUCAAUUAAAAAUAACUAGCUCAUUAAGUAUCUAUUAUUAAGUUAUCUGUAGUGUAUUGAAUCUAUUUAAUGUAUAAAUAUAUGGUUUGUUUUUCUUAAAACAAGCUGUAUGGAUUGUCCAAAAUAUUUUUGAUUCAAUGGCUAUUGCCACGAACGCUUGUGAAAAUUUAGUCCCUAAUGAGAAUUCGUGACUCCGCCAAGAAGAUACAAAUACCGGAGUUGAGAUGUGAGUUUCGAUGUAUUAAUCCAAUUGGAUGGGUGGAAUUAGGAGCAAGGAACACAAUUCAGUUUGAAAUCCAAGAUCAACGGCUUAGGAUCCGUGAUUGAUGGAAUUGGAAGUAGGCGGGUUCAGCCACAGCAGAUUAUAACCAUACAUAGUCAUAGACAACAAAAUUAACCGAAAAAUCCCAACGGCAACGGCCUCAUCAUAUCAUGAGCUCGCUGCUACUGCCGCGCACAGCGCCGCCACCGCCAUUCCUUUCAGCAAGGGUGUACAUCCCUCCACAUGUAUACAAACACCCAGCCGCAAUCCUCCUAGAGCUCUGCGCUUCCGUGAAAGAGCUCCACCAAUUCCUCCCUCUCAUCAUCAAAAACGGCCUCUACAACGAGCACCUCUUCCAAACCAAGCUCGUCAGCCUCUUCUGCAAAUUCGGCAGCAUGACCGACGCCGCCAAAGUCUUCGACUCCAUUCAAACCAAGGUCGACCCCCUCUACCACACCCUCCUCAAAGGCUACGCCCACCAUUCCAAUCUCGACGGCGCUUUCAACUUCUUUGCGAGGAUGAAGCACGACGCCGUCGAGCCCGUCAUCUAUAAUUAUUCCUAUCUACUCAAAGCCUGCGCGGAUAAUUUCGAUUCGAGGAGGGGUAGGGAGAUUCACGCGCAGUUGGUGUUGAGCGGGUUGUCCGCCAAUUUGUACGCCAUGACUAGCCUGAUGAACCUCUACGCCAAAUGCGGUGCGGUUCAGGAUGCGUGCAAGAUGUUCGAGAGAAUGCCUGUGAGGGAUUUGGUGUGCUGGAACACCGUGAUUGCGGGUUUUGCGCAGAAUGGGAUGCCAAAAAAGGCGUUGGAUUUAGUAGUGAGGAUGCAGGAAGAAGGGCAUAGCCCUGAUUUGGUCACUGUGGUUUCCAUUUUGCCUGCCAUUGCCGAUCUUGGGGAUUUGAGGAUUGGGAGAUCGAUCCACGCUUGUGUUUUCCGACGCGGGUUGGAGUCGUAUGUGAAUGUUGCUACUGCCUUGUUGGGCAUGUACGCAAAAUGUGGGCCGAUUGGGACUGCUCGAAGCAUCUUUGAUUCCAUGAGUUCAAGAACAGUUGUGUCUUGGAACUCAAUGAUCGAUGCUUAUGCUCAAAGUGGGGAUUCUGAGGAGGCAUUGCAUCUGUUCCAAAAGAUGCAAGAUGCGGGAUUGAAGCCUAGUAAUGUUACCGUUAUGGGAGCUCUGCAGGCGUGUGCGAAUUUGGGUGACAUCAAGCGCGGUCAGUUUAUCCACGAGCUGGUUAAGCAGUUGGGACUCGAUUCUGAUGUGGCUGUCACGAAUUCUUUGAUUUCAAUGUAUUGCAAGUGCAGGAGAGCAGAUGUAGCUGCUGAAUUGUUCAGUAAACUGAGAGUGAAGACACUGGUUUCUUGGAACGCGAUGAUAUUGGGAUAUGCACAGAAUGGCCGCACAAUGGAAGCUAUCAGCCUCUUUGGUGCAAUGCAGGAACAGAACGUGAAGCGUGAUUCAUUCACGUUGGUGAGUGUCAUCACUGCUGUAGCUGAGUUGUCGUUGUUGAGGCAGGCGAAGUGGAUCCAUGGAGUGGUCAUAAGGGCAUGUUUGGAUAAGGAUGUUUUCGUGAUGACUGCUCUUGUAGACAUGUAUGCCAAGUGUGGAGCUAUACACACAUCAAGGAAGGUGUUCGACCGGAUGGGGGAGAGGCAUGUCACGACGUGGAAUGCCAUGAUAGAUGGAUAUGGAACCCAUGGUUUCGGGAAGGAGGCAGUGCAGUUGUUUGAUGAGAUGUGCAGAGGGGAUAUAUCACCAAACGACAUCACAUUCUUGUGUGUGAUCUCGGCUUGCAGCCACUCGGGCCUUGUAAAGGAAGGCCGUUGUUAUUUUAACCUCAUGAAGGAGACAUACGGCCUAGAGCCUGCAAUGGAUCACUACGGAGCCAUGGUGGAUCUUCUUGGUCGAGCUGGGCAGCUCGAGGAGGCUUGGGACUUCAUCCAGACGAUGCCCGUCGAGCCAGGGCUCAACGUGUAUGGGGCCAUGUUGGGAGCUUGCAAGAUUCACAAGAAUGUGGAUUUGGGAGAGCAAGCUGCUGAUAAACUGUUUGAGUUGGAGCCUAAGGAGGGUGGAUAUCAUGUUUUACUUGCAAAUAUCUACGCAAUCGCAUCAAUGUGGGGGAAGGUAGCGAAGGUGAGAAGCUUGAUGCAGAGGAAAGGGAUUCAGAAGACUUCCGGGUGCAGCUCCGUGGAUCUGAGACACGAGGUGCACACGUUCUACUCUGGGAGCACGAGCCACCCCCAGUCGGAGAAGAUCUAUGCGUACCUUAGCAAGCUGAUGGAGAGGAUCAAGGCAGCGGGGUACACGCCUGAUACCAGCUCGAUUCAUGAUGUGGAGGACGACGUGCAGGAGCAGCUGCUCAACACGCACAGCGAGAAGCUUGCCAUCGCGUUUGCACUCAUCAAUACAAGGCCCGGUGCCACCAUUCACAUCAGGAAGAAUCUGCGGGUGUGUGCAGACUGCCACAACGCCACCAUGUUCAUCUCUCUGGUUACCCAACGUGAGAUUAUUGUGCGGGAUAUGCAUAGGUUCCACCAUUUCAACAACGGGACCUGCUCUUGUGGAGGCUACUGGUGAGACCAUGCUUGAGAUUUUCUUCACCAAUUUUUGCACAACUAUUUAGAUUGGCAAGAGUUGAUUGUUGUGUUGGUGGAAUACAAAUAAUGUGAUGAUUUGAGUAAUAUAUGUCAUUUAUAUGUUGAUGUACUA